CAGCAGAUUUCAGUUGAACUGAGCUCAUGUGGCUAGUUGAAUUUAUGCCUAGAAAAUACCGUCAGAACCCCAAGUCAAGAGUACCAGCUGCUGCACAGGGCGACGUAGGAGCACAAAUCCGGUUUUAUUUUCCAUCCAUCCGCGCAUCAGCCUGAGCUUUCGCGCUAUUGUCGUCCUUCCUUAGAUUUGGUUUGACAAAAGAAGCUCUGUUUCUGAGCUCGUUCCUCUUGUUUCGUUCUCUUAGAUCUGAAACCUCGCACCUGCACUAUCUGGCAAUCCAAAGCACGGUCGGGAUUACACACGCGACGUUGUUCCCAGCUUCAGUCUUGUUAGCAAAAUGGGAGAUUGCUGGAACGCCGGUGCGAUCAUUGCCACGGUCUUUCUUCCGCCUCUUGGAACGUUCAUGAAAAAGGAGUGCGGCUUCGAAUUCUGGAUUUCCAUAUUACUCACAAUCUGCUUCUGGAUUCCUGGGAUUAUUUACUCUGCGUGGGUGGUCGCCCAACAGAUUCGUGUUGAGGCAAUGGGCCCAAUGCCAGGUCAUUAACCAUUGUACUACUUCUGGGGCCUAGAGCAAAAUGCGUUGAAGUUUUUCGUCAUCGUACAUUGUACAUUGUGCAUUGUAACAUAUUUACAUGA